CGGUGGCAUCGGCUGCCAUCUUUGAACCGAGGGAAAAUCUAAAACAAUAUUUGUUUUCAUAAAGUUGUCGGGCUAGAAAGGAAAAAUCAGUCCAUCUAAUGUGGAUAUAGAUCUGCAUCAAAUAAUUUCUCCACCAACGACAGAGAAAGAUGUCGCUGGUGGAUUUGGGGAAGCGGCUUCUAGAGGCUGCGCGGAAAGGAGAGGACGAUGAGGUCCGAACACUGAUGGCCAAUGGAGCACCUUUCACCACAGACUGGCUGGGCACAUCGCCCCUGCACCUGGCUGCCCAGCAUGGGCACUACUCCACGGCAGAAGUGCUUCUCCGCGCAGGCGUCAGCAGAGAUGCCCGCACCAAAGUGGACAGGACCCCUCUGCACAUGGCAGCUGCUGAGGGACAUGCUGUUAUCGUGGAGUUGCUUGUCAGGAGUGGCGCGGACAUCAAUGCCAAAGACAUGCUGAAGAUGACCGCUCUACACUGGGCAACGCAGCAUGGCUACCACAAGGUGGCUGAGAUGCUACUGAAACACGGUGCUGAUGCACAUGCCCUCAGUAAAUUCGACAAGACACCACUUGACAUUGCGAUCGACAUCCAGAAUGCUGACCUCAUCAUAUUGUUACAGGAGGCCAUGCAGACCCAGGUGAACAUCAGCGCUGAAGCGGGCAUCACUGGUGGAGCGUCGGGGCCUCAGUUCAUCAUCCAGGCCAUCCCGGGGAUGCAGGGAGGGGUCGUGAACCUGGCUGACCUCAUCAAGAAUAACUCAGGCGACACUGAGGAGGCCAUCGCUGCCAGCACCCUGGAUUCCAGCAUUCAACAAAUGGUCAAUGAGGGAGGUCAAAGGGUCAUCACCAUAGUAACAGAUCAGCAUGGCAACCUGCAGACGACAGGCGGGCUGUCACAGCCGUUCUUUGUGACCAUGCAACACGGUCAGCAGAUGUUGGCGGUCCCAGCCAAUCAGAUCACAGAGGAGGUCGUGGAGGAGGAGCCCCAGCCACCUCCUGCCAGGAAAAGAAAGAUAGAAAUCUCAGCCAAUCACACAGAAGCUGAAGACACGGAGUUGCUGCAGCGGCAGCUGCAGGAGGCGAACUGCAAGGUGCAGGAGUACCGGCAGCAGCUCAUGAGGAAGGAGCAGGAAGCCGAGCAGUACCGCAUCAAACUGCAAGCCAUCAGCCACGGCCAGAGCAACGGCAACGCUACGGGCGAGGAGGAGGGCGCACCGCAUGAGGAGGAGGAGGAGGAGGAGGUGGUGGAGGAGGAGGAGGUGGUGGUGGAGAGCUCGGCGCACGCCGGGGAAGAGCUCCUGGUGCUGUCGGAAGGAGCGGUCAUCGUCAAGGCCGAGGAGCUGGACUCAGAGCAGCAGCUCACGCUAGUGGAGGCCACGUCCUCCCACACAGAGGUGAUCUCCUAACCACUGCAUGGACAGACCGACAGGGAGCCGGGUGGACAGAUGGAUGGAAAGAGAGAGAGAGGUGGGGAAAGAUGGAGAAACGGAGAGAGGACUCUGCUGGUGUAGGAAAGGGACCGCGUCCUACUGACGUCCUUCAUUUUAUUUUUGUUUUUUGUUUGUUUGUUUGUUUGUUUGUUUUACACUCACCUAUCCAUGGUGCCUCAGAAGUUUUUCCCAUGAUGCCCAGAGCCAGAGACGAGACCACAUCGUUCCCCCAGCUUUUCCUCAGGGCCAACAAUAUGCUCGUAGUUCUCCCAUCUGUUAAACCUCUUACUUAACUUGUUUUGUCUCUGUCUGUCUGCGAACUGCAAAGCCUUAUUGGGGUUUCAUGGUAUUAGGUUUACUGCUCUUUACUGUGAUGUCAGUUCAUUGAGUUUUGAGAGAUUGUGUUCCUGUGACACUUGUUCAGGUUAUGAUCUCGAGUCUGACUAUAAUAAUCCCGGUCCAAAACUACAGUGAAUAGCUUUGUUUAAAGAUUUUUUUUACCGAAAUGAGGAAAAUAUUUUUUAGAAUAUAAUAAAAAAUACCUUGAUGAUGAGCAAGAAAGAAACACCUAUGUCAUUCCAGAGUGUGCAUCAAAUGGCUGUAUUGUUUUGGAUGAUUAAACGGCCCAAGACGAUUCAUGAAGUAACAACAAUGACUAUUUCUCUUUGUCCUGAAGUAGAUACUGUCAUUGUUUGGAUGCAGGAUCAAUUGUUUACCUAUAUGAUUUAUAUGUAAGGUUUAUCAGGGAUCAGCAGUGUGUUGAAAAAUAUUUUGGGAGAAAUAUAUGGCAUAAAGAUGCAGUUAGGCACAACUGUAUAGAAUAGACUGCAUAGAAUACUCAUUUUUUCAAAAAUGGUCAGGACAAAAAGAUGUGUUAUAACUUUGGACCAUUACGGUACACUAUAACUUAAUUUACACAUUAACUUCUAUACUCAUUUCAUACAUCUGCUCCUAAGAAUGUUACACACUACCAAUACCAGCAUCAUGGGUUUAGCCUCGCAAAGGAACAUAUUGAUAUAAAUGUCCACUACAUCUGUGCCCUGGCCUAUAUUACCGUGGAUGAGGAAGCUGCCUGCAUUGCAAUUGUAUUGGUUUGAAUUAAAGUACUUCAAGAUACCAGUACUGAAGAAAUAACCACACAGGAAAAGUUGCCUUAUUUGAAGUUCCUUUUAAUUUCUUUUAAAAUACCUUCAGUAAGUCAUGAUUGAUUGUGUCAGAUGAUUGUAAACCUUCAUACGGAGAUGGACAUGAUACAACAAAGGAAGAAUAUGAUCAAGACACUGCAUAAAACAAUUGCAGACCAAGACCUUCAGCUUAGAAUUGCCUCAAUAUAAAGCUUGGAGAAAAGGAAUAUGAUGCAUGUAGUGAUUACAUUUUUUUUAAAAAAGCA